AUGGAUAGCUUCCUUAUCCCUCUUUGGGCUUUGACUCCGUCAACGGUUGCUGUUUCAGUGCUGGAGCUACCCUCCCUAUCCAUCGCCCGUAUCUCAGCGAGGUUGGUGGAGACGAGCGCCAGUACACGCGAUCAAUUGACUUUGGCAGAUUCGUUGAGGAAUAAGAUGGAGAGACUGAGAGACAACACCUAUGCUGGACAAAAGGCCACAGCUAAAGCCGAGCGGCUGAGGGUCGAGAUGAAUAGGGUGGCCUUCCGAGCGUUGAAUAAGAACGAUGGCAAGUCGAUCGUCGAUCUUCAUGGCCUGGAUGUCAAGGGCGCCGAAGAUAAGGUGACCCAAAAGGUCACUUGGGCGAGGAAAGUUCGUAAGAAGACCUUGAGGUUCAUCGUCGGUCAAGGGAGGCAUUCAGAUGGGUCGGGUGUGCUGAAGUGGAGGGUUCAAGCGCUGCUCAAAAGGAAGAAAGUUAGAGUAGCCACCAUAAACGUAGGAGGUAUACUUCUGGCAAAGAUCAAGCCGUAG